AUGGCCGAACCAACAGCCGGCAGCGGACCCACGGUGGGCCGGAUUCUCGACAGACAGACCCUCCGGCGUACCGUCUCAGGCCCUGAAAAGCUCACUCGUCUUCCCCAUGUUAUAGGUAUUGGUCUCGCAAUCUCAAAGUUUCUUCUCACGGCGCCUCAAUCACACAACGUGGUGGUCAUCGCCCGCAGCAUCGAGCCCCUCCAGAAGCUGAAAGACCAGUACGCCAAGCAAGUUGAGAUCCUUAAUGGCGAUCUCGCGGAUUUAUCUCUCGCUCCGAAGGCUGUCGAGCUAGCCUUGAAAUCGUUCGGGCGUCUGGAUGGAUUGGUUUUGAACCACGGCGUGCUGGGCCAGGUGGGCAAGAUCGCCGAGGCUGAUCCGGAGCAAUGGAAGCAGGGAUUUGAUAUAAACUUCAUCAGCUUAGUGGCUUUUGUUAAAGCUGGACUUCCUGCGCUUCGCGAAUCCAAGGGCAGGAUUGUCUUCACUUCAUCUGCGGCUGCUGUCUCGGCAUUUAAGGGAUGGGGUCUGUAUGGGGCGAGCAAGGCGGCCAUGAACCAUCUGUCCCUGAGCCUUUCAGAGGAAGAGCCUGACGUGACAUCUGUGUCGGUUCAGCCGGGAUUGGUCGACACCGAAAUGCAGCGCGAGAUCCGCGAAGACCACGCGACCACUCUGGACCCUCAAUUUCAUGCCCUAUUCACGACGGUCCACAAAGAUGGGGGAUUGCUCAAACCCGAACAGCCGGGUCAUGUUCUGGCCAGAUUGGUGAUUGAUGCUCCGAACUCAUUGUCUGGCCAGUUCCUAGCAUGGGACGACCAAGCUCUAGCGGCUUUUCAAUAG